AUGUCGGAGAGGGAAGGCGAUUCUUACGAAGAGUAUCCACCGAAACAGGAAGAACAUUCAGGAUUACUCGAAAGGACUCAACCUCACGCUAAGGAGGAAAUGUUCGAAUCCACCCGGAGGGAAAGAGAGGAAGAACCGGAAGAAAACCGGCCACUCCGGAAAAAUAUGCACAGCUUUGACGAGCCGUCACCGAAAGCCGGUUGCGUGGAGCUGCUUCACAUGGGACUCACUUGCAUCAUGUGGCUCAUCGGUGUGGCUAUAAUCAUUCUGGGCGCGCUACUGGUGAGCGAUAUCCGUCUGAGAGGUCUGAAGUCUCUCCAACAUCUUGGACCAUUGCAAAAUGCAGCGAUUCUAGUGAUCAUCAUCGGUGCGGCCAUACUGGUCAUUGGAAUCUUCGGAUGCAUCAGCGUGAGCAUCAAGAACAAACCCAUGGUCCUGACGUUUGCAGUGCUCCUCCUUCUACUGAUGGUUUUGGAAGUCGCGGCUUGCAUACUGGCUUGGUACCACAAGAAAGGAAACACUCUCGAAAUGCGUCUGAAUGAAUUGAUCGGUCGAGUGAUCCGACAGUACUCUACGGGAGUGGCUAUCUACAGCGGCGACGAUGACUGGAGCUUCAACAGGAAUGCGCUAAGUUUCAUCGAAUAUGCGAUGCACUGUUGCGGAGCCAACGGUUACGAGGAUUACCUCAGAAGGAAUAUCCCGGUCCCGACCAGUUGCUACCACAACGACAGAUACUACAACAUGUUCCGCAGUCAAGAUGGUUGCGUCGAAGUCCUGCAGGACUUCAUCAUGAAACACGGUCUCAUCCUGGGCUUGCUGUGUGUUUUGGCUCUCGUCUUACAGUUGGUAUUGAUCAUAACAUCUUUCAUCGUCGUGAGCCGCAUUCCGAAAGAUGAUUUACCUCAGAAACGAGCCGAGCCUCCGACUUUGACCAGGAGAGUUACUCAACCAAGAGGCGGGAAGGAGCAUUCGCAAGUGUAAGAGGGAAAUCCCUCCAACCCUCACCGAUCUUCUUCACCUAGCAGAGCCAUCUCGGAUAUCUCAUCCGAGAUUCGAUAAAUCGGGAAACCGAUUGCUUGGCGAAACACUCCGUACUGGAGAGCUUGAAUUCGAUCUGCAAAAAAACUGACAAAGAAGGGACCAUCUUCUGAUAUUUUCGUAGCCGCGGAAAACAUCCUUAUUCUGGAUUGCCUCUCUCAGAGCUCCGAAGCCUCCUCUCCCCGCUGCAUUCCUCUAUUCGAGCUUUUGUGUGCCGUGCUCUUCUCUUUAAAAUCACUCAUCCGGAUGAGUUCUCCAUCUGUGCUUUGAGCUGUCAGAUGAGCGGGAGAGCGAACAGUACUAUCCAAUACCGGGAGCUCGCCUUGAAAAAAUUUCCCGAUACGAGCUGGCUUCGCGUACAUAGACAGCUGGUAUUCCAGGGAGAAUUCGUAACCUUUCUCUACUGCCAAUCGAGUCACAAGUUUUCAUCUUAUGCAUUUCGGAUGGAUCUUUGAAAUAAGACCCUGAUGAUUAUUAUUGACGGAUAUACUUACGUCAGUGAGAGAGCUGUUGCAUUCUAUCCGAUCCCAUUGCCGAGAGCACGGCGAAUCCCUCUCCGGGAAGUGAAACCUUCCCUCCGAGGUGCCGAGCCGAUUUUCGAGGAAAAACGACUGUCAAUCAGGUUCCCGAUGUAUGGUUCCCGAUGUGCUCUCCGACUGGUACAGGAUCUGUCGAGCAGUCAUGAAUCUGACGCAAUACUAAUAAAUACUGUCUAGUCAUCAUUUGCUCUUAAA